GCAUUUGAAAAUACUUUAAUGGAAUAAUGUUUUGUUUUAUACCAAUGAAUAACAUAUGGAUAACACAUACUUCAAUAAGAGAAAGUCUGUGAAAGCAAAAGAAAAGAAGCUGAAACGAAAGGAGGAAAGUGCUCGCUUAGCAAUAUCAGUGGCUAAAGUUGAUUCUGCAAAUAAGCUCGAGGAUCCUCUAUCGUUGCUGGAGCCUUUCAAGAAAUUUAACAGAAAUGGGGUGAAUCUGACUAUCGAGUGCUGUCGGGCUACAGAUUUAGACAAAGACACAAAAGAUUUUGUAUUUGAUCUCUGUAAAACAAAUAUGCAGGCAUUGUAUGAGGCCAGCAGCUGGGGCUGGAAGGAUCGUGACAAGCGUGAGGAAAUGUACGAGGAUCGCGCCUGGCACCUCAUAGCGCGCAAUGAAGAGAGGCUGCCCGUGGCUUUCGUGCACUUCCGCUUCGACAUUGAGCUGGACGAGGAAGUUCUAUACUGUUAUGAAAUACAGUUGACACCUCCAGUACGAAGGAAGGGGUUAGGAAAGUUCCUCAUGCAAAUUUUAGAGCUUAUGGCAUACAAGACAGAGAUGGUAAAAGUGAUGCUUACUACAUUCAAACACAAUGACGAUGGAUUAAAAUUCUUCCAGGAAGCCUUGAAGUACCAGAUAGAUGAAUCCUCACCUGAUGAUGGCAUGUAUGAAGAGGAGUGCCACUAUUGGAUACUCAGUAAGCCAAUCAAACAGAGGGCAGUAGUCAAACCGACCAAUCAAGGUGCAGCAAAUGGUGUUGACAGCAAAACGACUUAUACUCACACUCAUACACAUAGUGGAUGCUGUUAAAUGAUGGAAGUCCGUGAUGUGCUAUAGAACUGUGAACAUUAUACAAUUGAUAUUUUCAAAAUAAUGCAUAGUCUCUGUAUAAAAAACUGUCAAUGGUGAUACAGAGCAGUUAAAAUAGUUUAGCUAACUGCCUUAUCAGUUAUGUUAGCUACAUGCAUAUAAUUGGUUGAGUUCUUGGUCCAGAAACUCUGCCAUAAGUUUAAUCUGCAUAAUUUAUUAAGAAUUGACAUAAAUAAAAAAAAGAAGAGAUUUUUUAUAUUAUUUUAUGUCACUUACUACUAAUUAAAUCUAAAUAAUGAUUUAUCCAUAUAUGUAUUUUAUUAGCAGCAUUUUAAUAUUAUUUUCGACUAGUAAAAAUAGGAAAUCAGUUAGAAAUAAGGGUUGUGAAUUAUUUGCCUUCAAUCAUCCUUGUAAUAUAUUGAGAACUAAGUUAUCAAUAGUUUGCACUUGGAAAGAAAAUGGUUUUGAUCUGAUUUAACCAUCAAGUCAUCAAAUUAUCAGCUGUACAAUUAUUACUGCAAAUCAUGUCAAAAAUACUUUCAAAGAUAUAUAAGUGUUAAUUGAAACAAACUUGGAUUGAUUACAGGACAUUUUACCUUCAAGUAUAUGAAUCUUGCUCUUAUUGUAAAUAUAUUGAAUAAUUACAGAAAAAUAGGUGAAAAAGAGUUAGCUUCUUGUUAGAAACCUUUGUUGUUGUAGUUUUCUCAAUAAUUAUGCAAAUCAGUGUAAAAUAUGCUUAUGUCAUCAGGCAUGAUAGAUGGGAAUUUAAAUUUGAAAAUACUUGUUAGCUAUGGACUGUACAUAUCUAAUACUGCAUUUACUGUUUGUAUAAUUUGUAAACAAUCUGACUCUUGCCUAUAUGAAUUAUGUAUUAAA